AUGAGGAAGGCAUCCUACAUUGUCGCUUUCGUCGCUGUGAUCACAACGCUUGCUUUGAAUAUCUUGUCUGUGAAACGUCCCGAUUGGCUCGUCGUGAACAACACCGAGGUCCUCCACUCGAAGAUUACAGUCCAAUAUGGCCUCACUCAGCGAUGCGACCGGCAAGUGAUUGUCAUCCCUGGCCUCCCGGAUGGCAGCCGCCUCGCAUACAGCGACUAUAAAUGCCGCCCGUUCCCCAACCGUGUUACAGACAACUGCGAGAAGGAGAACAAGGUGUUCUGCAUGGUGUGGAGCACCGCGGGCUACUUUGCUGAGCUGGGCAUCGGUUUUGGGGCCGUUGCUUGUUUGGCGCUUCUCUUUGGCGUCAGCACCCACUCUAGGAGAAGGAGGAUUUGGCGGGCGGUCGCUGGUUUGACAGCACUGCACGUUCUCUUCCAAAUCCUUGCGUUUGCUGUUGUGACGCAUCUAUACCGCUUGGCCUGGUACCCGACGUUUGAACGCGCUCGUCCAGGCACCGCAUAUGUCCUCAAUACUCUAUCCUGGGUGUUCGGCGUCCUCGUGACGGCCGGCAUCAUUACGACGGGAAUAUCUGCCAAUAAAGGCCAUCGCUGGGCCGCUGGCAACAGAGCAUACCGACCGAUUGAAGGAUGA